UCGUCGGACUGAGCCGGCAUAUUAUCUUAAGAUUAACGAAGUCUUCAAAAGCGCCUCAUAGUCGACGGGAACGUCUCCUUUCACUGAACGCGCUAGCUUAGAUAUUUCUUUCCUCUAACGCGCGAGGCAAUAUCGCACUACUUAAUUGGUGAUCCUGUUAUCACAAUUACGGAAUUGAUGUGUAUCUCUCCAUGCUUUAGUUAGUGAUCUCCAUUUACAUAUGGCCGGGGUGUUACUUUUCUUUUUGGGGACAAAAGAUCCGGCGUUCGUGCUGUGGCUUUACAGCUGGGCCCGAUUGAGCGGGCCAUUCUGGCGGGCUACUCCGUGUUGGGCUGAAUAUGGAAAGAUAGCAGCGUGCGAGUCACCCACUCCGGAUGGUGGUGGGUGUCCUCUUUUUUUAGCCAUCCCUGUCCUCCGGGUCCCUCUCGCCGCAUCUCUUGUCUUGUGGUUGCCGAGCGCAUUGACUUCAUCGGGGAAAUGGAGGAGCAGGAGAUAAAUCUGGCCGUCGCCGGCGUAGGGGAGGUGAAGGAGGAGCUGGAGCAGGAGGAGGCUGAGGAGUCGUUCGAGCCGACGGAGGACGAGCUGGUGCUGCACUUCCUGCGGCCGCAGCUGCGCGGGUUCGCGCCGCGCGUGGCGGGCGCGGUGGUGGAGGCGGACCCGUGCGCGGCGACCCCCUGGGAGCUGCUGGCGCGGCACGGCCUGCUGCGGCGCGGGCACGGCUACUUCUUCGCGGCGCGGCGGCGCGGGAAGCGCGCCCAGGCGCGGCGCACCCCGGAGGGCGGCGGCGGCGCGUGGAUGCACAGCGGCAACAGGGAGGACCGCCGGUCCGUGACGGAGCUGGGCGUGGUGGCGCGCUGGUCCAUGACGCGCUACUGCUUCUACGCCCGCGACUGGGCGCAGGGGCGGCGGAGCACCGGGUGGGUCAUGUCCGAGUACGAGAUCACGGACCCGCGGUGCUACCGCCGCGCCGACGACGGCGAGGAGGACCACUACUGGGUGCUCUGCCACGUCCGCCGGAGCAUCAGGAAGAACCUCAAGCCGCGCUCCCGGAGGCCGUAGCCCGUGGGGGAUCAGUACUCAGUAGGCUGCCUCGCCUCGGCUCAGUCGCCGGCCGGCCGGCGCAAGGCGGGGAGAGUCCCCACCCCAUAGGAUUUGGUGUUGCGUUUCUUGUGCUCGUCGCCCGGCAUGUCCGUCCGUCGGUGCGCGUGGGCCAUGGGCAGUGUCGAGAGAAGAAAGGAAAUAAAUGCGCGGUGUAAUAAAGCAGUUGGGUUGGUAUGGUUCCGCGUGCGCCAUCAGCGGUGUAGUAGCUGUACAAGCAAUAAGAUAUGCGCACUGCGUCUAUACGGAAAUAUCAUACCCUCUUUGUCCGAAAAUACUUGUUGGAAAAAUGAUAUAUCUAGACGUAUUUUAGUUCUAAA